AUGGACGUCUCAAGUUUCAUAACAGUAUUCUUGGAGCUGCGGCGUUGCUGGGCGCAGCAGCGACGUAACGACUGCUUCUCUGGACACCACCGCAAGGCGGUGGAGCGCUUUUCACCUGAUCGUAACGGGGUCGGGGAAAGCAGCGUGUCCAGGUCUUAG